AUGUUCCAGUACGUCGGCGAGAUCUGCCGCUACCUCCUCAACCAGCCCAAGGUGCCAAACGUGUGGGCACGUUUUCUUGAGCGGCACGGGGACGUGAGAUUCUGCGAGCUCUACGGCGCCACCGAGGGCAACGUGGGCUUCGCCAACGUGGAUGGAAAGCUCAGGGCCUGCGGCCGGGACCUGCCCUUCCUGCGUCUCCUGAUAAAGUAUGCUCUGGUUAAGAAUGACCAUGAAAAGGAUGGACCCGUGCGUGAUGACAAGGGCUUCUGCAUCCCGUUACCCAGAGGACAGCCAGGUCUCCUGGUGGCCCCGAUCUCGAAGCACAUGCCAUUUGAUGGUUACUUGGGGAAUGCCGAGUUCACGCAGAGGAAGGUUCUGCACAACGUGUUCAUGCAUGGGGACCGCUACUUCAACUCGGGAGACAUCAUGCGCAUCGACAAAGAGGGCUUCAUCUACUUCAUCGACAGGGUUGGGGAUACUUUCAGGUGAUUGUCGCUCUCAUUUUCAUUUUCUCUGUCUUCAGUUCAACGCCUAAGAGACAGGUCCAUAGUUCACGCUCCUGAUGUCCCAUCUUCCUCCUGCUUCCCCUCUGUUCCUGCUUUGGAGGAUCCCAGAAAGAAGUGUAGAGGUGGUUUCCCCUGGUCUUCCUCGAUUGUGUUCUAUUAGAUUAUCUCCAGAUAAAUUAUUAUGCCGUACUUAGGACACCCAUCAAUCAUCAGCAUCAUCAUAUCACAGCUAUGGUUUUUAGUUUCCUCCCAAAUGGAAGUCGUGUAUUCCUACUUUUGGUUAUGGUUCAUACAGUGAGGGAAUAAAGUAUUUGAUCCCCUGCUGAUUUUGUACGUUUGCCU